AUGGCUUGGUCGGGCGCGGAGCUUGCAGAUGGCAAGCAUGCCACACUGCUAGUGUGGGUUCUCUUUGGGCUGCACUUGCUGGUAUUCGGUCGCGAUGCCGCCGUGAAAUCGCAGCGGUGGAUGCGCGAGAGAUAUUCUUCCAAGGGCACCGAGAAGCCACAGCCACGCGUCGAUGAGGCGAUGAAGCUCCAAACAGAGAAGAACUUCUAUCUACAAAGCUGUUUGAUGCACCACGGGGCGGCGGUGUCGGUGCCUUUGCUGUGGCACGCACCGGGCGCACGGACACUUUGCUUUCUGGCCGGUAUCGCAUACAUCGUGCAUGGAUGCGUCAGCUGUGGGAGGAUAACCAUGACUGCCAGCAGAUCCCGCGUGGCCUUCGCCCUCGCUUACUGUGUGCUCGGGGUUAGCAUGUGGGAGACACGUGUCCUGCAGGGCCCCGAGGGCACGGUCGUACAAAAUAUCUACACUCUUUCAAGGAUGAUCUUGACCGUCGUGCAGAUCGAUGCUAGCCUGCACGUGCCCGCACAGUUCGGUCUUUCCGUGGUUGAAGUGCUUGGUGCAUUGCAGCUCAACGGCCUAUCAUCUCACGUGCUCUUGCUGGCUUGCAGCCAAAGCUUUGUGGCCCUUAGCUGCAUGGUCGUAGGCUCACUGCAAGAGGCUUCUCUUCGAGAAAACUUUAUGGCACAGUUUCGAUCGGAGGAUGCUGAGGCUAUGGUCCAGGGAUUCCGGCGCAUGCUGCAGGGACUUUGCGACGGCUCUGUGCUCUUGGAUGGCAGCUUGAAUAUCAAAAGCCAAAGCCAAUGUUUGAGCCGGAUGCUUUCGACAAAGGCAGAAAGCUUUGAAUCCAUGCAUUUCCCGCACCUUCUCGCGGAAACAGAAAAGCGAACCUUUCGUGACUUCAUCAAGGCAUCCGCCCAGAAUGCGGUAGAACAGGAAGGAACUCCACCUUGCAUGCGGGUGUCUUUGAAGGGCCGCGAGGAGAUCCCGCCAGUGUCCGUAGACCUCUUCCAUGUGUCGCUCUCCCAUCUCUAUGGCUCGGAUGACAGCUAUCACCUCUUGGCCGUGCGACAGGAUGCCGAGCGAGAGUAUUUCCCCGACGCCACGAGCUUUCGGCAUGAGCUGGUGAGGUCGAGCCUUGCACUUCGCCGACAGGGCCGACCUGCAACUUCGAUCACGUCGGAGGGCUCCGCAGCAUCGAUCCUGCAGACCUUGCCCCAGCUAAAAGAGAUGAUGCUCUUGGUGGAAGCUGCGAGGGAGCAUCAGGAUGUUUGCCAAGUGCAUCUGAACUACAAGGCUUCUUCUCCAGAGGAUCCUGAGAUGCCAAGCCUCCGAAAAUUUAUCCGCCCCACGGACUGGGAGUCCGUGCGUGCUCGAGUGCGGGGCUUCGGUGAGAAAGCGGCAAAGGAUCCCAACUUGAAGCCCAAGCACUUCAGCAAGACGGUUUGGUUCCGAGUGAUGGACCAGCCGGGGAGGUAUAUGCAGGCAAAAAAAGCCAAUCUCAAAGUGCACGACCGUGCGUCGGCAAGCAGUCGUGAGGACAUAAAGGUCUGGCUCCAUUUGUCCGACUUCGUCUUGACGGAGCGGCAGCAUGUUGAACCUGAGCUGGAGGACAUUGACGAGUGA